CCGAGCUAGACACGGUAGUGGAGCAGGCGCUGCCUGGCCCCGACCAUGUCUUGCAUCCACUACAAGUUCUUCUCCAAGCUGAACUAUGAUACGGUCACCUUCAGUGGCCUCAACAUCUCCCUCUGCGACCUUAAGUGCAAGAUCAUGCGCAAGGAGAAGCUGAAGGCAGCCAACUGUGACCUGCAGAUCAGCAAUGCCCAGACCAAAGAAGAAUACACAGAAGAUGCCCUGAUUCCUAAAAACUCAUCGGUAAUUGUCAAAAGAAUCCCUGCUGGAGGAGUUAAAGCUACCGGCAAAACAGAUGUUCCGGCUCCUCAGUCACACAAAACCCCUGGAGCAGCUUCUUUCAGGUGACAUUCCUACUCCUAUUCUUAGUCAAUAAAGCGUAUGUAACAUGUCUAGUACUUUGGCACUUUCACAGCUAAGCAUGGUAGAUACCUGAACACAGUGCUUGGGCUUCCACAAAGAAACACUCUUCUAAAACUAAGCUGCUGACAGUUUUGUUAUUUCUUUGUCAGAUGACUGAUUUUUUUUUCACUGAAGUAAACUUGCCCUUUGAAGUGUUGGGACUAUCACUGUUCCGCCAUAGAAACUAAAGUACUGUAUGUGACAGCUGUUUGUAAUACUAGGGAUGUACAGAUUGCCUGAAGCUACGUUCAUAGUGUGAGGGUUGAUUAUUUAAGAACACAAAGCUGUACUAGAGACUUGAUAUAUUUGAUACUGAUGUGGCAGAGAAAAUAUCUGAGGACUUUCUCUUGCACUGUUGUGUUCUGUAUCUGUAAGUCUGACUUUGUGACAAAGCAGAAAUGGGAUUUUGGAGGUUUUUUAGUUGCACUGAAUGACCAAGAGAUAAGAGUUUGUGUACACAAAUAAAUUUCCAUAUUCCCUAGACUAUGGGAACAUAAUGUUUU